UAAAUAAACAAAUUACCAACUAACAACUCUUCUCAGCAGAAUCAAGAUUUCAAAAGUUUGAUCGUUUAAAUCAUCAUCUGUGGAAUCUUUCAAAAAACAAAAAUCAUCAUUUGUGGAAUACAAUAUAACAUAAAACAAUAACAAAGCCAACACUAAAUUCACAUCAAGAUCAAGACAGAGCUUGCAGUUCUUGAGAUAAAAAAAUAAAACCAGAAAAAACUGCUAAAAAUUGUAAUGUGUUGUUAUGAUGAUGAAUUAUGAUUAUAACUCUCUUCCCUCCAUAUCCCAAAACCAAGUCUUUCUUUAUUACUUUCUUCUACAGAUUUUACCAUUACAGAGGUAAAGGUUCAUCAUCACCAGAUUCCACUCCUACCCUCUUCAACAAUCUUCUAAACCACACUACACAAACUAAUAACAUCAAACAUGUCUCCCAAAUUCACACUCACCUCAUCACAAACGACUUCAUCUCCAUCUCUUUCCUCUUCAACAACCUCCUCAACUCCUACGCCAAAUGUGGCUUCAUCAACCGAAGUCUGCUUCUAUUGUUCUCUACCGCCGCACACCGUGUCUCCAAAAACGUCGUCGCUUGGACUACUAUCGUCACCCGAAUGUUCCAUAAUGGAGAACCCUUUGAAGCUUUGUUGCUCUUUAGACAAAUGAGGUGUUCUGGUUUAGUCCCGAAUCAGUUCACUUUCUCUGCAGCUUUGCCAGCUUGUGGGGAAACUGAGAUUUUAAUUCAUGGAAAACAACUUCAUUCUUUGGUUUGGAUACUUGGGCUCGAAACCCAUUUGUUUGUUUCUUCGGCUUUGAUCGAUAUGUAUGCGAAAUGCUUUGAUAUGGUUUCUGCAGAGAAGGUGUUUGAUGAAAUGCCUGAUAGAAAUGUUGUGUCUUGGAAUUCUAUGAUUACGGGGUUUUUAAAAAACGAGUUUUAUGAUAAGGGUGUUGAGUUUUUCAAGGAGGUUAUUAGGGAGAGUUUGGUCUCUCCUGAUGAAGUGAGCUUUUCGAAUGUGUUGAGUGCUUGUGCUAAAAUGGGGACCUUGGAAUUUGGUGGACAAGUUCAUGGGGUUGUUGUGAAACAUGGUUUGGAAUCAUUAUCUUAUGUGAGCAACUCUUUGAUUGAUAUGUACUGUAAAUGUGGGGGGUUUAACAAUGCUGUUAAGUUGUUUCAGAUAAGAGGAGACUCUUUUAGAGACGUUGUGUCUUGGAAUAUUAUGGUAAGUGGAUUCAUUUCGAAUAACAAGUUUGAAGAUGCUUGUAACCUUAUUUGGAUCAUGAGAAGGGAAGGCUUGAAACUUGAUGAAGUUUCAUACUCUUCAGCCCUUAAUGCUUCAGCUUCGCUUUCAGCUCUUAAUCAAGGGAUUUUGAUCCAUGACCAGGUAAUAAAAUGUGGGUUUGUUCAGAAUUCGAGUGUUCUAAGUUCAUUAAUAACAAUGUAUUCAAAAUGUGGAAGCUUGAUUGAUGCUUAUUGUGUUUUUGAAGAAACUAAGGAUCGUAAUGUGAUUUGUUGGACUGCUAUGAUCACAGCUUACCAACAACAUGGUUAUGUGAACAAAGUGAUUGAAUCAUUCCAGGAAAUGAUAAGAGAGGGAAUGAAGCCUAAUUAUGUAACUUUUGUAACUGUUCUAUCAUCUUGUGGCCAUGCUGGGCUAGUGGAGGAAGGUUUUGCAUAUUUUGAUUCAAUGACCAAAAUUUAUGGUAUCAAUCCUGGACAUGAACACUAUGCUUGCAUGGUCGAUUUGCUUGGUCGUGCAGGUCGAUUAGAUGAAGCUAGGAGGUUUGUAGAAUCAAUGCCAAUGAAACCGAAAUCUUCGAUUUGGGGAGCUUUGCUUGGCGCUUGCAAGAAUUAUAACAAUCUUGAAAUGGGGAAAGAAGUUGCUGAGAAGCUUUUUGUGUUGGAACCAGAUAAUCCUGGAAAUUAUGUGCUGCUAUCUAGUAUUUAUAGAGAUAAUGGAAGGUUAGAAGAAGCAGAUCAAGUUAGAAGAUUGAUGGAGUUUAAUGGGAUAAGAAAGGCAAGUGGGUGUAGCUGGAUUGAUGUAAAUCAAGAAUAAAAAUUGUGUUCAUAGCUCUUGAUAAGUAAAAUUCAUGGAUGGAUUAAUGAGAUGUUGACAAAAUUGAAGUGGAGAACUAAGGAAACUUUUUUAGUCAUUUUGUACCGAAAUAUUAUGGCUUCAAUAAGAAUAAUGGACUUUAUCAUCAUAACUUUCAUAUGCAGUAAACAAGGUUGUUUCAGAAAUUUUUGCUAGAGAUUUAUUUUGUUUCGGAAAUGGCAAUUUGGGUAAGAUUAUAUAUAGCUAAAUAAUGUAAGUAAAAGUUUUGAUUCAUUUUUUCGGUUUCAA